AACAUUUUUGUGAUAUUUAACGGUAUCCAAAAUGACAAAAAUACCAAAUCCACGUGUGUGCAUCAUCGGCGCCGGACUGGCUGGGUUGAUCUCCGCCAGGUAUCUGCAGGAUGAAGGCAUCAGCUUCACGGUUCUGGAGGGCACGCAGUACGUGGGCGGCACGUGGCGGUACGACCCCAGGGUCGGCACCGACGAGUAUGGACAACCUCUGCAAACCAGCAUGUAUAAAAAUUUGAGGACUAAUCUCCCAAAACCUACCAUGGAACUGAGAGGUUUUCCUCUCCCAGAGGAUGCACCUUCAUUUAUGAAACGGGAAACUGUCUACAAAUAUAUUGAGGAUUAUGUUAAGCACUUUGACUUAGAAAAACGUAUCAAGUUCUUGCAUAAAGUGAUAUUAGUAUCUCGAGAAGAAAACAUAUGGAAAGUGAAACACCAAAACGUAGCGACCGGUGAAGAGUUCGAAGACGAGUAUGACUACGUUUUUGUAGCCACGGGACACUUUAAUAAACCAAAUUACCCUGAUAUAGCUGGCGAAAAACUAUUUACUGGAACAAUUAUCCACAGUCACGAUUACAGAGAAAGAGAUAAUUUCAAAGACCGUCGGGUCCUCAUAGUAGGCGCUGGUCCUUCAGGCUUGGACAUAGCUAUCGACGUGGCUUACGUCUCCAAGACUUUAGUACACAGUCACCACUCAAAAGCACCUUUAAAAACUGUAUUCCCCGAACAUUACAUUAAAAAGCCGGAUAUAAAGGAGUUUAAUACUACCGGUGUUAUAUUCGAGGAUGGGAGCUAUGAGGAUACUGAUGAUGUUAUUUAUUGUACAGGAUACCAGUAUUAUCUCCCGUUUCUGGACAUAAGUUGCGGCCUGGAGUGGGAUCGCCAGUGCGUGAAGCCAUUACAUAAAUAUAUGGUUAACAUCCACCAGCCUACGAUGUUGUUUCUAGGUGCUAUUGUGCGCGCUUGUCUGGUUGUUGCGUUGGACGCUCAGGCCAGAUAUGCUGCGGUGUUGGUGAAAGGUGAUUUCACUUUGCCGUCUAAAGAAAAUAUGUUGGAGGAAUGGAACAGAAAAGUCGAAACAAUCCGGACAAACGGACGACCACUUUCCGACUUACACGUAAUAGCUGAUGCGGAGGAUAGCUAUUACGCUGCGUUGACGGAUGAGUCUGGCAUAGAGCGGGUUCCACCACAUAUGAUGAAAAUCCACAAGCUGCUCCUGCGAACCAUGUUCGACAAUCUCUACACGUUCAGGGACUAUGUCUACACCAUUUUGGACGACGAAAAUGUUAAAGUGUCAAUAGAAAAUGAGACAGAAAAUACACGUACCGUUUAAAUAAAUGCAAAUUACUGCUAACCGUCAAAGUCAAGGUCAAAUAUUUCUUCAUUCAAAUAGGCACAUAUAUGGCACU